UAUCCUGGAAAGAAUUCCCUGUGUGAUUUACCUUUUUGGAAGUUCUGCAUAGAACUGACGUUACGAUUUGUGGAGGGAGACAUUUUCCUAGCAGCUAGAAUUGAAGCUAAAAGACAUUUGGCGUCUUUGGGUCUCACAUUAAUAGUUACACACUACAAGCAAUAUCCACCUAAUACAAGCAAAGUAUAUUCCUACUUUGAAUGUCGUGAAAAGAAGACUGAAAACUCCAAAUUAAGGAAAGUGAAAUAUGAGGAAACUGUUUUUUACGGUUUGCAGUACAUUCUGAAUAAAUACUUAAAAGGUAAAGUGGUGACCAAAGAAAAAAUCAAGGAAGCCAAAGAAGUGUACAGGGAACAUUUUCAAGAUGAUGUCUUCAAUGAAAAGGGAUGGAACUAUAUUCUGGAGAAAUAUGAUGGUCAUCUUCCUAUAGAAAUAAAGGCUGUUCCUGAGGGCUCUGUCAUUCCCAGAGGAAAUGUUCUCUUCACAGUAGAAAACACAGAUCCAGAGUGCUACUGGCUUACAAAUUGGAUUGAGACUAUUCUUGUUCAGUCAUGGUAUCCAAUCACAGUUGCUACAAAUUCUAGAGAGCAGAAAAAGAUUUUGGCCAAAUAUUUGCUGGAGACUUCUGGCAGCUUAGAAGGACUGGAGUACAAACUGCAUGACUUUGGCUACAGAGGAGUUUCUUCACAAGAGACUGCAGGAAUAGGAGCUUCGGCUCAUUUGGUGAACUUCAAAGGAACAGACACUGUAGCAGGAAUUGCAUUAAUUAAAAAGUACUAUGGAACAAAAGAUCCAGUUCCAGGAUAUUCUGUUCCAGCUGCUGAACACAGUACCAUAACAGCUUGGGGUAAAGAUCAUGAAAAAGAUGCUUUUGAACACAUAGUGACACAGUUUUCUUCAGUGCCUGUAUCUGUGGUUAGUGACAGCUACGACAUAUACAAUGCUUGUGAAAAAAUAUGGGGUGAUGACUUAAGGCACAUAAUUGAAGCCCGAAGUCCAGAGGCACCGCUUAUUAUUAGGCCAGAUUCUGGGAAUCCUCUUGACACUGUUUUAAAGGUCUUGGAGAUCUUAGGGAAGAAGUUUCCCAUUACAGAAAACUCAAAAGGCUACAAGUUGCUGCCACCAUAUCUCAGAGUUAUUCAAGGGGAUGGCGUGGAUAUCAAUACAUUGCAAGAGGGGAUGCUGGUAGAAGAGAUUGUGGAGGGAAUGAAGAAGAAUAAAUGGAGUAUUGAGAAUAUUGCCUUUGGAUCUGGUGGAGCCUUGCUGCAGAAACUAACUAGAGAUCUCUUGAAUUGUUCCUUCAAAUGUAGUUAUGUGGUGACCAACGGUCUUGGGGUAAAUGUGUUCAAGGAUCCAGUAGCCGAUCCAAACAAAAGAUCAAAGAAAGGCCGACUGUCUUUGCAUAGGACACCUGCUGGAGAUUAUGUGACACUUGAAGAAGGCAAGGGAGAUCUUGAAGAGUAUGGACAGGAUCUCCUUCAUACAGUGUUUAAGAAUGGAAAGGUAACGAAGUCAUAUUCAUUUGAUGAAGUAAGACAAAAUGCCAGGCUGAAGAACAGUGAACUUGAAACAGCGUCUCACUAAGUUUCAUUCCAUGUCUGUGUAUGUGUGUGUAACGAGUAUGUACUGCAUAAUGGGUUUAUUGUACAGAUUUGCGUGUUUGUGUUUUAUGACAUUGUAGCCAAAUUAUUUGUUGGUUUAUGGACAUACUGCCCUAUCUUUUGCCAGUCUUUAGAAAAGAUGAAAUCAGGAAAUGGUACUUACAGUGUAAAACAUAUUUAAUGCUAAGGUGUGCUUUUUAGGGCCCUUUGCCAGUAGUGAUUCAAUCUGGUAUUGAUCUUUUCACAAAUGAGACAGAGCUGAGAAACUUUUUUAUAUAUAACAGAAUAUCACAAAAUGGAUAUACAUAAAAUUAUCAUGAUUGCUUUAUGUUUAUAUUUAACUUGUAUUUUUGUACAAACAAGAUUGUGUAAAAUAUAUUUAAAGUUUCAAUAAUUAAGUCUUUCCAACUUUUCAUGAUUUUUAUGAGCACAGACUUUCAAGAAAAUAUUUGGUGGGGGGGGGGAAUCCAUUGCCUUUUGUCCAUUAAUCAGCAAAUAAAACAUGGCCUUAAAGUUUGUUGUGACAUUGUACCAUUUGAAGAUGAAAUCAGGACUUGUAUCUCCCUUAAGAUCCCAUAGAAUUGCUGACCUCACUGUAUCUUUUAGUUGUCUGCAUUAGUAAAUCUACAUUAUUAAGAAAGUUACUGUUCUUACUAGAAGAUUUAGGUACUACAGACCUUACUGGCACAGUUAGGUAUGUAAAUGGAAUGCCAAAUUUGAAAGGAUUCUCUACUGCAACUUAACUUGCCAAGUCUAUUCUACUUGGCAUAUGCACCUCAAUAUUUUAAGAGUAAAGUUUUUAAGAGAUCUCCUCUUCCACUAUAGAAUAUAUGUGUAAAAUACUGAAAUAUGGAAGCGGUGUAUUUUAAAGUAAUUACACUUCUGGGUUUAUUUUUCAUAUACUGUAAGUGACAUGACUUUAAAGCAAAAUACUGGACUGGGUAGUGCACUUUUUUACUUUUUUGUAUUUUUUUCAUUGAUUUGCCUUUUGUCAGACUGGAUGUUAAAUUGUAAAAAUGUUUAACUAUUUUUGUUAACAACUUUAAUAAAACUUUAUGCUAGCCAAACUCCUACAUGAAUGGCAGACCUGUUUCCCCUUCUUCCCCCAUGUUACUGGGGUGAAGAGGGGCUUUUAUGUUGCAGAGGGUAACUGUAAAAGAAUAUGUAUGAGAGAUGCUUUUGAACUGUCUGCACUUGAUUGUAUUUGCUCUCUGCAUAAGCUUGAUUAGAAUAUCUGCUGGCAAGCAAAGCUGUCGAGGAUUUUAUUUGAAAAGCUAUGUAGUAAUAGGCUCUGAGAUGUUUAAUAGUACUGUAGGAUGGCUCUUACUACAAAAGGAAUACCUCCCUUAAAAAAAAAAAAAAAAAAAAAAACAGCAAAAAAAAACGGCUUCUGUAUUAGGUUGAUGGUCAACUGUCAGUCUUUGACUUACUGUACUGAUGUUGUAAUUAACAGUACUAAUUUACAAAUAAUUUUACAGGAAAAUGUGAGAGGUCUUUUAAAAUCAUUUAAGCCUACAAAAUUAUAUAAAACAUGCUUUUAAAGGAAGACCGAAAAGCCAUACUUCAUUGUUCUUAUUCUCUCACCAAAAAGGGCCCCAUCAAAACACUCAUACUAUUUCCAGGGUUUGUGGUUAAGACACUUAAGCCCAGUCUCAAUAGUUCCUGUUAAUAAAAAUUUGUUUUCCACUCUUAGUGUAUGUGAUUAUAGAUUUAAGUGAUGUAUUGUUUCAAAAAUAGUGCUUUAGUAAGACUAAAUACUGACCUUUCACACUGAAGAACUGCCUUUCCUUUGCUGUUAAUGAUAUUGCUUGUAUUUGGCCAGGAAAUGCCAAAUAAAUCCAGACAUAGGAUCAGUAGCUGGUAAAUAGUACAGAGCCUAUUUCACCCCUCCACAUGUGUACUAGGGCAUUUUAUGAUGUAUGGUUUAAAAAAAAUAAAAAUAAAUGCUGCUUUCAUUCUGUACCAAUAAAAAUUUUGAUAACUAUUGACUACCCAUAUUUUUGUACUUGAGAACUAGGGAUAUGCUGUGGAAGCACUGUUUUCUUGUGUACCAUGAAAUACAUGAGUAAUUGUUCAGUAUUGUUGAAAAUUUAGCUUAUUAGUUGAAAACUUAAAGCAAUUCUCUACCUGUGCAUGUCACUUUCAGAAAGUAGUCACGUCACUCAUUUUAAUAAAUGUUAGUGUCUUUUUAAAAAAAAGAAAAACACCUGGUGCUAUUCAGACCUGAAUACAUAUCUUUCUGUUUGGCAGUUUGACAUUCUGGGCGUCAAGAAGUUGAUAGAAAUUAUUGCAGUGCUGGAACCAUACAAUAUCCUAAUUCUUCCACAUAAAAGCAAACAGCAUGUUUCAGUUUGCUUUAAAUUACUAGUUUUGUAGCCAUUGAUAUGUUUUGAUUAUCCCCAUUUCAUAAUAUAAUACACUAUUUGUAUUUAAAAAUAGGAAUAGGGAGUUCUGUGUUAAUACUCUUAUUUGUAACUAGUGUUUAGCAUAAGAAAUGGAUUUUGUAAGACUAUUUUUUCCUGAGAUGCAUGAAAAGAUUUUUUUUUUCUUUUUUUUUUUUUUGGUACCUGGAAAGAUCUGAGAAAAUAGAAAAGUACAUGCUGUUUGGUUUGCCAAAAUCAAAACAAAGUUUAAACAGUUUUUCCUAUAGGUUUUUACAUUCCUUUCUAACCUGUUUAGUGAAGAAUAAAUAUUCCUCACUUAAAUCCUCUGUAAAAGUAAUUUUAAUGUACUUGGCAUCAAAUACCGGUAUGUAAUACACAUGGAAAUAAAGUUUAGUUCUG